AAGUGACUUGUGCUCACUGCUGUUUUGGAACUACAUAACAAAGUUAAUAUACAAGACAAAUUCUGCCUAUGAUUAUUCAUAGCUUAGGAAUCUACACUUUGUUUUUUGCAUGGACAUUGCUUUUUUGUGGGCCAGGUUAUCAGGAACAGUUUAUAUUUAUGUGUGGUUUAUGCAUCAAUAGAUGACUGAAUUUAUGAAUUUGAUUACUGGUAUAUUCCAGGGAGGUACUAGAUGACACUUUGGAACAGAGUUGGAUCCUGGCAUAAAGCACUUUACUUACACUUGAGGACUUAGGACUUUUUUCCCUAUCCUGCACCAUUUUUUAUCUCUCUCUGACUGUGCUGUGUUAGUUUUAAUAGUGCAUUCUAGAUUCCAUCUGCAGUGCUAACGUGUGGAUUUUUUUUUAUAUACAGCUGCGUGAUCAAAACACCUACAGGGAUCUGCACAUUCCUAGCCUCUAGGAUUACUAUUACUUAUGUAAUUGCAGGAGUAUCUGAAUUGUUAAAUUAAAAAAAAUUAAUUUUGGGAGGAUACUCAUACAAAAAUUCUUUCGCUGAUGUGAUGGAAUAUUUAACAGAGGUUGUUAAAUCAGAUAACGUGGAGCAUAUAAAUCCCAACACUGACUGUGCGAAUUGUCGCAGGAGAAAUUUCUUAUCCAAACUUGGAGUGAUCUCAGUAAAAAGCCACACAAUGGGUGUUCUGUUUCUUGUGACAAUAUUUGUGAGUGUUUGUUCAGCUCAGAAUCUGAAGAUAGACAUAGGUGACACCCUGCGCCAACAGGACCUUCAUAAAGGGACAGUAGAGUUUCAGGCCCCUGUGGCCCUUCAAUGGGGAAUAGCAGAUACUUCAUCCAAUGUAGGAAAAAUGUUCAAAUUUGCCAUACCUGAUGAUGCUUUCAGAGGGACAAUUCAAAGUAUGAAGGUUACGGAAGCUGGAAAGUCCUCUCUACCUAGCUGGUUGAUCUUCAAUGAAGAAUCUCGACAAUUGAGGGGGAUCCCAUCUCCCUCGAACAUUGGAGACAAUUACCUGGAAGUAGUGACCACAGGACCACAAAAUUCUCAAGCCAAAGAUGUGUUCUCCAUCAAAGUGGUGGUGGAAAGCCCACCAAAUCAUGUCCCACCCACCUCAAAAUCAACUGACGGCAAGCCACAGACUGUAAGGUGUAAACGGGAGCAGCCGGAAACGUCUGCCACUAUCGUGGUGGAUGCUGACAUGAUGACAAUGCCUCCCUCAGAGAGAAUUGACUUGAUGAACAUGUUGUCUGAGCACCUUAAUCUGGCAUCGGACAUGAUGAAGAUGUUACCUCUAGGAGACAAGGAAGUCUUUGAUAAAUCUGCUCUUGUUAGAGGACAGGGGGACUCAAAAGAUCUCUCCACCCCUGGUAUGAUGCUCUCUUGGUUGGUUGGCUGUGGAAGUGUUCAAAAGGACCACAUGAAUGUUCUGCAAAAGGUUGAGACCUCUGCAGCAAGUGGUAAAAUGAAACAAAGUGUAGGACACAACAUCAUAGGAUGGCAUGUCAUCAACACUGCUAUUCAGGAGAAGCCAAAACGUCGACGUAGAGCCAUUAUGGCAACUGCUACUGUCAUUGAUACUCCUAGUCCACCAACUAAGUUACCAGAUACAGUUGUCACAGACAUCAAGCCAUCAGUGACCACUGCACAACUGACUAGGUCUGUUCCUGUCAUGGAGACAUCAUAUACCAAGGUGGAGCCUACCAAAACUAUGAUCAUGCCUUCUGCAAGUCCUACUAUGGAAGUCAAGCCCACAGAUAUGAUGACCAAGACCACCACAACUUCCACCCCCAAACCAGCAGUGGUCACUUCAGCUCCUAUCACACCAUCUCCAUCACCUAGUCCUCCUGUGGACAAAUCUGAGAUCAUGCCAACUAAGUCUAUGACGGUCACUGAUGCUCCAACCAAGGUCACUCCACAACCAGAACCUGAGGAUCCGAACUGUCCAGAUGAUGGAAAGAGUCGUCCUCCAAUAGUCACCGGAAAAAUGAAGGAUGUGGUCUUCAAGGUAGGCCAUGAGAUUCAGUAUCCUUUACCUGACAAUCUUUUCUAUGACUGCAUAGAUGGGAAUACAAAGCAACUGACCAUUAAUAUAUUUGGCAAUGAUACUGACGUCUUACCAAAGAAUCAUUGGUUGGAGCUGAAGGGAAAGAAAACUGGCAACUUUAAAAUUGUUGGCUUCCCAAUGAACAAACAACAGGGAAAGCAUAUGUAUUCUCUAAAAGCUGGAAACUCUUUUGGACUGCUGGCUACCUAUGUUGUGAAAGUAACUGUCAAACCUGAUGAAAGAUUAAGUGGAGAACCCUCUCAUAAAAUCAGCAUGACAUUUGAUGCAGAUUAUAAUAAGUUCACCAAUACUAAAGUCAAAGAUCUGACAAGGAGUCUGGCUCAGUUCAUGUUUGGUUCAGCAGAUGCAGAUGCCAUCACAGUGCUAGAUAUACAGCCUGGUUCUGUUAUUUAUUCCUGGACCAAUAACCAACUCCCAACAGAUUCUUGCCCAGCUAAGCAGGUAUCAGAGACAAUGGGCAAGUUUCUCAAUGAAGAUGGAACAGUCAAUGAAAAGGCCAAAGAAGAAUUCCCUUAUCCACUAAAUGAUGUGGAGGCUAUUCCCAUGGGAGCAUGUAUUGGAAAUGAAGACUUCCCUACAUCUGGAAAAAUUAUACAGCCAAUGACACCUAAACCAGAUGAGCCAGGGACAGAUAAACCCACUUCAGAACCAACUGAUCCUGGGAAGAAGGAAUACCAGGAAGAAGAAGAGGAUGAGAUCUGGUUAACAACAGUGGUUCCCGCUGUUGUUAUUGUUGUUUUAUUAAUCAUUUUCCUGAUUAUUGCUUGUGUCCUCUAUCAAAAGAAGAGGAAAGGAAAAAUGUCACUUGAGGACAAGAACAAUUAUGUCAACAAAGGGGCACCUGUUAUUUUCCCAGAUGAGUAUGAUGAAAAGCCAAAUGAUGCUUCCAAGCCUUUGAUUAUGGAUGAAGAAAAACCACCUAUGCCCCCACCUGAGUACACUCGGGGCUCAAGUGAAAAUUCAAGGUCCUCACAAGAAAAUCAUCAUGGGGAGGAGUAUGAAAUGGAUACAGACAUUACCUCCCCCCUGUACCAGCCCCCACCCCCUGUUCCUUCAGGGGGAUCCAACAAACAGCCACGUCCGCACAUGCAGCCAGCACAUAGAAAUCCUGCACCCUAUGUGCCACCAUAAUGUUAAUACAGGGAUGUUAGUGUGUUACUGAUUGGUGGAUGUAACUGUUUGGAUGGUUUUGAUUGGUCUGUAUGAGUGAGAAUGCAGUUUAGGUAUCUGUGUGUGGUUCCUCGGUGUGUUUGAAAAUGUCGAACUAAACUGAGUAGAUAAUAUUUUUUUCAUCAGCUUCCAAAAACAUGUUACAGAAUGUUGUAAGAAAAGACUCUGGGAGAGACAUUUUUUGCCUUAUAUAUUGUCAUCAUUUUUGAGUAAGUGCUUUUAUUUCAAAAGAUUUAUGUUUUAAGGUGUGAUGUUUUUCUUAUCGCAGUGAAUCUUUAUUUUGUGUGUAUGCAUUUACUUGUGUUCUUCAGUGUUAACUGUUAGAAUUCUUUAAAUAAACUCAGUGCAUUGUGACGGAAGAUUGAUUCUAUGCAAGAAACUUUAUGAACAUGCAGUUACAUAAUUUAUCAGACUGAUAAACUUUCAAUCAUUGUCAAUGAUUUUUUUUCUGUAAUAAAACCUCCAUUUCCUCAUUAACUGCUGGUUAAAACAGUAAAUAGGUUACAUAUGUAAUCAUGAUAAAGAAAAAAAAAAUUAAAUUUCAUAUAGUGGAGUCAUUAUAACUAAAUAGGUUGUACCAUGCUAGAUAUUUUAAUCAUGCAUACAUAUGUUUAUCCAUAAGAUGUUUUAUAAUCACAAACAUUUAAUCAUCAUCUACCCUCAGUUACCAGCUAGUCCAAUGAUUUUGUUAUCAGGAGAGUUGAUUAAGAAUGAUAUUAUUGUAUAUGUGUGUAGUGCUUCAUGAUUACUAUAGUUUCUAUUGUUAGAGUGUAUAAUUUCAAAUACUCAGCUUAUAUGAUUUGUAUUUUAUCACUUUAAUUUGCAGAUUGAUAUUAUUUUGUCAAUAUUUUAUAAUCAAGUCCAGACACGAGAACAGUUUUGUAUCACACAAACACCUUAUUAUAGUUUUAGAAGUGUGUAAAUUUACACAAAUUAAAAUAAUCAUGCAUGGCCUUUUAUUAGAACAUUUGCAAGACCAAGAUUCCCUUAAAAGAAGGGGGAGAGAACUCAUAGCUGUAUGGACUUGUGGGUCUUUAGUUUAAUUAUCAAUGCAAUUAUUAGUUAGAUAGUACUUAUCUUUUUAUCAUUCCAUGCAUAGUUUGUUUUUGAAAGUCAGAUUUCAUGUUAUAGUCAUAUGGUUCAAGGAUUGGUUAAAAAGCACCCAGAAUUUUAUUUAGUUUGUCUUACUGCAAUUCUGGUUUUGUUUGGAAUCUUUUAAAAAAAAAAAACAAACAAACAAAGAUGUUACAGUAUAAAUUAUUGUGCUGUUUUCAAUAAUAAGAUUUCCUUAAUUUUGUUUGAUUAAUAUAAAAUUAUUUUGAAAGUCAGAGGAAACUGCAGAAUGUUGUCAAUAUUUUGUUACCUGUAUUUUUUCCGCAUGCUUUUUUAAUCGGUGUUUUGAGGUUGUGCAUUUUAUGUUUGUGAUACAAGAAAUGUAUUGUUGCAUGUAUAAAUUUUACUAUUUGGUUUAAGUAACAGGAAGUUGUAGAUUCUUUUUUCCUUAUUUACAAUUAUGUCUGAAAUGAUCAGAUCAAUGUUCUAGCUAUUACAAGUUCAUGUUAUUAAAAUAAUAUAUUGAAUACAUUGUGCUAGGUGUUUUCCAUGUGCUGUCUUGAAAUGAAAACGUGUAAGAAAAUCAAAUUAAAAUAGUUAAGAAUGUAAUUAUACAUUUUCUUGGAAUUCUGUGCAAGAAUUGAUCUGAAAUUCAAGUGUUGUUAAGAUGAUAAAGUCAGGAAAUGACCAAGAGUAUUUGUUAUAUGGCUUAUGUACAUUAUACAUGUACAUGUGUAUGUUUUAUUUUAUGGACUAAAGGAUGAAAAUAAAACAAUAUAAAAAAAUUA